AGUACACUGACCUACCUCGUUACAACAACAACAACCACGUCUUCACAGAAUAACGAUAUUGGACACAUACCGGCGCCAACCACAAAGAGAACAACAGUUCCGGUAGCAAAUAAUACUCAUAUUUCUAGACCAAAUGAGACGAAGGAAACGACUAAAGCAGAUAGUGGUCAAAAUGAGACCAGUGAGGGAAAGAAUAGGACUGUCGUUACAACGGAUAGCCUAUUGAGCGCUAUGACCACUCGUCAGUUGGAACCGCCCAGUCCCAAGCCCUUCCUUGUUAUUUGGAACAUUCCGUCGAAGAAGUGUGGAACUCGGUAUGGAAUUCUUCCUAAACUGACCAAAUACGGAAUACUUCACAACACUCAUCAACACUUCUACGGAGAGGAAAUCGUUAUAUUUUACGCCAAUCACCUUGGUUUUUAUCCUCGAUUGUUGGCGGAUGGAGAGGUGGUCAAUGGCGGAAUACCUCAGUUAGCCAAUAUGGACAUGCACCUGGCUAAAGCACGAGGUGACAUAGAAAAGCGGAUUCCGAACGCAAACUUCAGUGGGUAUGGUGUGAUAGACUGGGAGUCCUGGCGGCCGAUAUUUCGACGUAACUGGGGUGUUCAUCGCAUGUACAAAGAAAGGGCUGUCAAAGCGAUUGCUAAACAGUACCCAUCCUGGAACUAUACCACGGUCAAGGCAUACGCCAAGAAAGAGUUUGACAUAUCUGCAAGGCGUUUCAUUACAGCCACCCUGUCCCUGGCGAAAGACCUCCGGCCAUUGGCCAAAUGGGGAUUUUACCUUUUCCCAGACUGCUAUAAUUUCCGAAACGGUCAAGACUACUGUGACAAGAAGCAAACCAAAAGAAACGACAGGUUGUGGUGGCUGUUUCGAGCCAGUGGAGCUCUCUACCCGUCAAUAUACCUCACUCAAAAACUCCGCCCCAAGUACCGGGCAGGUCACAUCAAGGGUAUCCUUCAGGAGGGCUACAGGAUACAAAAAACACACACGAACAGAGCAAGGACUCCAGUUCUACCUUAUGCCAGAAUCAGAUAUAGCGAUACAAACUUCCUUCUGUCACGGAAUGAUUUGGAAGGAACCAUUGGACAAGCAGCUACAUCUGGGUCAUCAGGUAUAGUUUUGUGGGAGAAAUACGCUAACACAGUCGGAAAACGAAAGUGUGUCCAGCUUAAAAAAUAUGUCCAGAAAAUGCUGGGACCUUUUUUGAUGACCUUACAGAGAUUUGUGACAGACUGCAGCAAAACUCUGUGUGAAGGACGAGGAAGAUGUGUACGUAAAAAACACUUCCCGUCCAAAACAAGGCCACACCAUUACAAGCACGGGUUUGUCUCUAUGUUCGCCAAACACCAGCGGAGGUACGAUCAGGCGUUUCGGUGCAGCUGUUUCGAAGGAUGGCGCGGUACACGGUGUGAGUGGAAGGAUAUAGAUAAUUGAAAGUUGUUGGUCAAUUUCGUAGGGGCGUGGAAGAGAGCGCGAUAGCACUUCGGGAAGUGGCAAUUAUAAUUCAGGUCUUAACACAGUUUGAUGUAUAAGUUCACGUACUGGGAACGGUAAACCUUUUGAAAUAGCACGUGUAUCAAGCACGACCUAGCACAUGUGGGGAAAUAACUAAGACAAUUCACAUUUGGCUGGAAUUUGGCAAUAAGAUUAGAUGUUAUUAGGCGGAAAUGUAGGGUGUGGCAAAUGCAAUACAAUCUUCUCCAUAAAUAAACAAUAUAUUUCAUCAGUUUUGUAAUGAAGUACCAAAACAUAAUCAACAUGAUCUCAGCUGCAAAACGUACAUAUACGUGCAAUUCAUUUAAUCAAACAGACCAUUCAUGAAAAUAGUGAACUAAUACAAUAUAAAGACUUCAGUCUAGAGAGUAAAGCCAGAGCAGCGACGAUAGUGGGGUAGUUAGCAACGGACAAACGUAACCGGUGAAAUUCGGCCUCUUAUCAAUUUACCUCAGUUAGGGUUUUAUUCCAAAGGUUCACGUCAUUGCGUAUAAAAAGUCAAAUCUGUGCCACUUCAUGUAAAGAAAUAUAGGAAGUGGAAGAUAAACUAUUAAUAUCAUCUCCUUAAUAUCAUAUCUUGAAACAAAUGUGGGAAAUGAAAGACAAACCAUUGCCAGCUCAUUUAAAUAAGUCCAGUAGAAAGUUAAAUAAAAACCAUUAUCUUCGCGACAGGAGAAUAUUUAUUAAAGUGUUUUAAAGACAAGUGGAUUUAACGAAGAAAAUUGAUUUCAAAUGCCUUUACGUAACAAACAAAAAAUGUUAAGACUUCUCAUGACCAAUAAAAACUGACAAACGGGGUGCCUUUUCCAGAGCAAUAGCAACUCGAUGUCAAGAGAGACUGGACAUUGUUCUCUGAUAAUACAAGAUAUAAAACACAAUAAUAAUGUCGCCAUUCAGCUUGCCUUCCACUGGUCAUAUCUAUGGAAGAACGAACACUUUAGACUACGCAGCUUUGGCCCGAUUACCUCACUAGGGAAAGCUUCCCGAUUUAACGGUAAAAUGAGUCGUUCGUGCCAAUAGUUUCAGGUUACGUAGACUCUUAAAUCAUUCGUUCACAAGGUUGGUUGUACAUAUUCACAUAUUGUUUACUUUCGACAUAGUCGAAGAUACGCACAAAGAAUAGAUAUAGCCGGUUAAUAUAUUGCUGGCAAAAAUAGUUAAAGUUGAAUCAAAAUCGUGCAAGCUAAGGAACACAGAUUUGACGGCCCUGUCUAUGACAAAAUAAUAUGGUUUAAUACGCAUGGUUUGUAAGUGUUUAUUCGUGCGUCGUGCAUGGUUUGUAACUGUUUAUUUUAGCGUUGUGUGCAUGGCUGAGGGAUUUUGAUAUGUAUUCUAACAAUUCGUUUCAAUCACUAGACAAGGAUA